CAAAUUGGCAGACGUUCACGCCGUCCACACAGUUGUCAAAUGCGUAUGUCGCGUACGAGCCGUCACAUCUGAGCCGCAACACCAGGUAAAUCCAGAACGAGAUCCAGUGGGACAAGUGGGACGCAACGGCCGAACGAGGAGAAUGUCAUGACAAACAGACGCUUGUGAAACGAAACGCGAGGACGUAGUGGCCCCAAGGUCCGUUAUAUUUAUAACGCACUGCACAACAUGGUCUCUUGAGCCCCGAGAUUUUCGUCUGGUUCGGAGUGCGAGAUUUUUGUUUUUGCGAUACCGUUCGAUUUCGUUUUGCGCCGUUCGCGUUUCAGUGAGGCGACGCGAUGAUCGUGCAUUAGAGUGAAUCAAACUGUGUUCAUAGGAUAAUUAUGGAUUCCAUACGAAAAUGGUUCUACAAACCGAAGAGGGACGACAAAUCGCUGCUGGCGCAGUUCUUCUACGCGGACGAGGACCUGAACAUCGUGGCCAACGAGCUGGACAGCUUCGACGGACGAAAGGAUCCGGAACGUUGCACCACGCUGGUGAACCAGCUGCGCCAAUCCCAGGACAAGGUGCUGACGAUCACCAGUGCCAUCAUGGACGUGCUGAUCGGCGACGAACGCGCCAACCGCGACUUCCGGGCCAAGUUUCCCGAGGACGUGCUUCAGGAGAAUCUAGCCGGACAGCUCUGGUUUGGAGCAGAAUGUCUCGCCGCUGGUUCGUCGAUAAUGAACCGCGAACACGAGAGCACGGCGAUGCGACCGCUUGCCAAGGCGGUCACGAAGAGCUUGGACAACGUGCGCAACCUGCUGCGCGACUCCUGCUUGCGCAACAACCAGCCGAACGGGCCGCUGAAGCUCGACUCGAACGAACUGGUCACCGAAAUGCUGCUCGAAAGCCUCAAGAUCUUCGACCGUUUAUUCGCCGAGUUCGAGCUGGCGUACGUGAGCGCCAUGGUGCCGGUGAAGUCGACGCAGGAACACGAACUGCAAGAAAUGAUCUGUGUGCUGUUCUCGGAGACGUUGCAGCGGGCGCUUAAAAUGAAACUGCUGACGCAAGACAUGGUGGACGAUUGCGAUCCGGCCCUCAUGUUCACGAUACCCCGCCUAGCCAUCGUCAGCGGCCUGCUGAUCUUCCCGAACGGACCUCUGUGCAUUGACAAGUCGAUGGACGAGAUGAGCGAGAUGUUCAGACCGUUCCAGACGUUGCUGCGCAAGAUCCGCGAGUUGCUUUGGGUGUUGAACAAGCGGGAGCUGUACACGUUGGAGAAACUUCUGUGCGACAACGAACAGAUCAGCGGCGCCAGCGCCGUCGUCGAUAUGAACGUGGAAAGCGAAUUGGACAGCUUCGUCGACCAGUUUUACCCCAUGAUCCGAGACUUUAGACUGCAACAAAUCGUCAACGGCACCAAAAAGGGCCCGGACUCCACCAAGAAGUCGAUCAAACAUGCGAAAAGGAAAGAGGAGCCGCAACCAAGCCCGCCGCCUUCCGUGACCACGUCGGGGAGCAGCGCUCCUUCCACCUCAGGCUACCUCAUCACGAACACGAUUACCCACAAUGCGAUGGUGGCCGCCGCCUCGAUGUACCGCAACGCGACGCCGCGAGACGGCUCCGGCGUCGAUCCGUCUUCGCCGCCCGAGCGCGACUCGAUGGAGGUGAUCUCUGAGGCGGCGGCCACGCUCUCUUCCAUCCUGAGUACGAGGGAACACAGCACCGGCACGGAGGCGGGUGAUAAGCCACGAAGGGAGAGGCCCUACAAGCACCACGAUCUCGACUCACCGAACGACUCGGGCAUUUGCACGGACACGACCAGUUUGGACCGGUCGCCCAGUUUGGAUCUGGCCGAGACUGCGCUCAGGGAGAUGACAUGUUCGUGUGCCGGUAACUCCUCAUCCUUGCCUUGCAACUGCCAACAGGCGGCCAGAAAAACCCCAGCUCAAACGAUACCGAACAAAAAGAAGUUGGUGUCUCGGCCUGCCGUCAAAUCGUCUCCAUCGACUACUUUGCUCACGCGCAAGAAGUCGACGAAGAGGAUACAACAGGAUCGGACACCGGACGAGGAUUCCUCCGCUUCCGGUGCCAGUUCGGACACAUCAUCUUACAACAGCGUUUGCAACGAUGAUGCGGAAAUCGCCUUGGCCCUUCAAGCUGCCGAAAUCGCCUGUAACAAUGAGACCAGGGCGAAAUACAAAUCAACUGAAGACUUGAUACACAGGUUGUUCGUUUGCAUAGCCGGAGUAGCCGACCAGUUGCAAACCAACUUCGCCUGCGACUUGCGUAUAAUUCUAAAGUGUGUGUUCCUGAUGAACGCGUCGCCCGACACCAACGAGCCGGCCAAGUCCUUGGACAAGGGCACUCUGGAGAAUUCGAUAGAGUACCACCCGUCCGAGGACGAAGUCAUCGAGAAUAACGAAUUUUCCGUCGACCCCGACAUACUUGCUCAAGAGGCGCUGUUCGACACCAACGUCUACUUCCACUUAGAUCCGCAAAGCUACAACGGUUCGAACUACCACAAUCAUCCGAGACGCUCGAGCAACGACGAACACUCCUCCACGUUGUACGCGUCGCUCAGAGAGGACGUGGCCAAUCUGCACGCCGAGUCGGCGGUGAACGAGGAGCCGCAGGAUCAGAUCCACCAAAACGAAACACCUCCAAUAUGGAUACCGGACAUGGAGGCGCCUAAAUGCAUGAGCUGCGGCGCCAAUUUCACCGUGGUAAGACGCAGACAUCACUGUAGGAAUUGCGGGAAGGUGUUUUGCGCCCGUUGCUCGUCGAACAGUGUUCCGUUACCGAAAUUUGGUCACGUCAAACCCGUGCGGGUUUGUAACAAAUGCUUCAUAUACAACCUAACGCCUUUCACGAUGAGCAAUUGAAAACGUGUGCAAUGCUAUAUUUUUUAUCGUGCUUUGAGACGCGGUUAAAUCAAUUCGAGUUAAAUUUUAUACUUUUGUACUGUUUUAGGUCGUGUAAUGUUUAAAUGUAAGGUUGAAGGUUGCAUCGAAUACUAACACACACGGGAGGCAUGAUGAAAACUAAUCGAACAUGAGAAUUUAAACGUUACAGCUGUGCAUUUUCGUUGUGCCUCUUUCCGCGAUCAUUGUCUCAAUUAUGUAAUACCAGUUUCACGAUAAUCACACUGGACAACUUGUACUUAUUUUUACCAAAACUGACGAAAGCUUUUUGCUGUAAAGGUACUUCAUAUUUUAUAUAGAUUAGAAAAUUAAGACUUUCCAAUUCAUAGCGAAAUCUGACAGUUUAAACGUUAAUGAUCACUAUACAAUUUCAUGUUUUGCCUUAAAAUAUACCAAUGUAGUUUAGUGCAAAGUUUCAUAUUUUUGUGUUGAAAAUUAUUUUUUUCAAAAAUAUAUUUUUUUAUUGUACUAGUGUCAAAUGUUAUAAAACCUUUUAUCUUCAAAAAAAAAAAAUAAUUUUCAAUAUAUGGAAUCUCGUAUCACAUUUUUAUAAGAGGUUCACAUAUUAUGUAAAUUACCAUUUAGAAUAAACAGAGUGAUUUAUACAUAUACAUUUAUUUAGUAAGUUUAAUGGAUUGUCGGUAAAAUAUUAUAACCCACGAUUUUUUUAACAUACUAAUUAAGUUAAGCUCAUUUAUAAGCUCUGUCUAUUCUUCAGAAGCAUUUAUUUUUUUAAAAGAACGUUUUAACGAGAGUAUUACUUUGAGGUUUAUUUAUGUGUAAGCAUAAUCUAAGUAAGUACAAAAAUUUUAAACUACUAUGUGUAAUGUCUCUCAAUAGUUUUUAAUUUGUUGUACUGAAACAUUUUGUGAUAAACUUGUAUAUUUUAUUUAUAAUGGUUUACGGGAUUAUUGAUAUCUCCAAUAAAGAUUAUUUUUCAUCAACUUA